AUGGCAACUGAGAAGAAGCUCCUCGUUGUCCUAGCUGCCACUGGCUCGCAAGGCUCUGCAGUCAUCAACCACUUCUUGGAGCACGAGCCCUCCUAUCGUAUCCGCGGCACAACUCGUAAUGUCGACUCAGCCAAAGCCAAAAGCCUUUCAGCCAAAGGCAUCGGAAUGGUCCAAGCCGAGCUCACUGACAUCGACUCCCUCAUCGCAGCCUUCCAAGGAGCUUCAGCAAUCUACGCAUACACCGACUCAGCAGGCGCCGUCCAAGCCAAGGAAGCCAUAGAAGCGUGGGAAUCUGGCAAGGAAAAGUCUCUGCCGGAUGCAGCUGGGGCGCUGGAAGUGAGGCAAGGCGAGAAUGUAGCUGAUGCAGCGGCGCAAAUUCCGACGCUGGAGAAAUUGAUCUGGAGCUCUACCCCUGAUUCGAAGACGCUUGCUGGGUGCGAGUAUGACAAUUAUGAAAUGGCGUCGAAAGCGGAGGUCCUCCGAUAUAUGCGUAGUCUGCCUGCUCUGAAGGGGAAAGUGAAUGCAGUGUACCUGGCAGUCUUCACUGAGAGCUUCGUCAGAUUUCCACAGGUAAUCGGAUGGACGAAACCAACAGGCACUGACAAGAAGUACACCGUCCGCAUCCCAUGGAAUCCGGCUUCUCCGAUCCCAUGGAUCAACCUCGCCCAGGACGCCGGCAGCUGGGUUGGUGCAUUGCUGAGAGUCGAUGGAGAUGUCACGGUCGAGGCUGUGGGUGGCGAGAUGAGUACUCAGGACGUCGUAACGAUCAUGGGUGAGAAGCUAGACGUCGAGAUCGAAAUUCAACAUAUCUCUCUGGAGGAAUAUGCAAGCGUAGAGCCGACUGGAUUGAUGAGGCAUGUCGGCCAGUUGAUGAAAUGGACGGCAGAUUUGGGCAUUGGUAGGGAGGAUGCAUCGGCGAUCAAGGCAGGAGAGUCUGUGAAGACACAUACGAGCGUGAAACGCAGCAGUAUCAGAGAGUCGUUCGAGGCGAUCGAUUGGUCAAACAUUCUGUAG